AAAGUAAAUUAGUCAUCAAACAAAAUUCGACGCAAAUUUUUGGUCUAACUCCAUAAUUUUUUGGUCUAUAUUUAGCAAAAAGCAAUAAAAUGAAUCGCCUGUUUGGACGCGGCAAGCCCAAGGAGCCUGGACCAAGUCUAAAUGACUGCAUUCAAGGCGUGGAUGCAAGGGCUACCAAUAUUGAGGAAAAGAUUGCGAAAUUGGAAACAGAGCUGCGCAAAUAUCGCGAGCAAAUGAGCAAAAUGCGUGAAGGGCCAGCGAAAAAUUCGGUGAAACAAAAAGCACUGCGAGUGCUCAAACAAAAGAAGGCCUAUGAACAACAAGCUGAAUCUCUGCGCAAUCAAUCCUUCAACAUGGAGCAGGCGAACUAUGCCGCUCAAUCGCUUAAGGAUACUCAGGCCACAGUUGCGGCCAUGAAGGAUGGCGUCAAGCAGAUGAAAACGGAAUACAAAAAGAUCAAUAUCGAUCAAAUCGAAGAUAUUCAAGAUGAUAUGGCGGAUAUGCUGGAACAGGCCGAUGAAGUGCAGGAGGCUAUGGGCCGCACCUAUGGAAUGCCCGAAGUGGACGAUGAUGAUUUGCAGGCCGAACUCGAUGCUUUGGGUGAUGAGAUGGCGCUCGACGACGAUUCCAGCUAUUUGGAUGAUGUUGUCAAGGCGCCAGAGGCUCCAGACAGAGAGCCAGGUGCUGAUAGCAUUAAGCCACCAAGCAAGUCUACCAUUGAAACGGAUGAGUUUGGCUUGCCCAAAGUGCCGACCUCACUGAAGACCACAUAAGACGACAGUUUCUCGAUUUGGCAUUUGUAUUACUAAAGAAAAGAAGAAAAAAAAAAGCCAGUAUGUUUGGCACGCUUUUUAAGUUUAAA